AAUAAUUUCAAAAAAGACUACAGAACAAGAUUCUGCCACAGAGGAGGAAAUAAGUUUGAUGUACGGCCAGGUGAAGACAUACUGAAAACCAUAUAUGAUUGUUUUGAAAAUUGUGAAAAUGAUCUUACAAUAAGCUCUCCAAGUGCAAUCUGUAGCUCAACUCCUGUUGACAGAAAUGCAAAGGGGACUUCAGUACAGAGCCAAAGGCAAAAGGCAGGGUUAAUUAACUCUGUGAAAAGAGCCUGUAAUUCUGCAGAAUCCUUACCUGCAUCACCACUAAAACCAGUCAACAGCAGAGGAUGGUCACAUGAAUCGCCCCUGCAGCCUGCAGUACGUGAUUACCUAGCUGAUUCUAAAAAACCAAAAUCUCCUGUGUCUGAAAAAGAAACAAAUAAUAUAUUAAAAAAUCUUGAAACACUAUGCAAAAGUCCUUCCAUGUCUCCGGAACCUGAGGAUGAUUAUGGGUCUGUUGGAUCACCUCUUCUUGUGGAGGAAUUGAAAAGUUCUCCUGUGCAUAAAUUACACUUUGAUGACCAAAAUACUCCUGCUGCAGUGAAGAGCCAGGUGGAAGUUGAAAAUCUGGCAGGACCUCGGACUGGGAGGGAUGAGCAGGUUGUUCUUGUGCAAGGAGCAGAACGUAUUGCUACAUCUUCUGUACAGAAAGAGAAGUCUUUCUCUUCAGUCAUUGUAGCAGCUGUAGCAAAAGGAACGCUUGGAAAAAGGUACUCAGCCUCAAUAUCACCGCCAUCACCUCCUCCUGUGAAAGAUCAAGAUACAGAAAUAGAAAAUGAAUGUGAAUUUUUAAUUGAUGAAUCAGAUGGUGUAUCUUUUAAUUCUUGGUUUUCAAUACCCCAUAAAAACAGAAAAUCAAAAAAAGAUGGCUCUGCAACUCCUGUUUCUAAAGCUCAGCCCUCUGGAAAGGAGAAGACGGAGAGUAAGAAAGGCAAGAACAGAAAAAUACACGUUGAAGCACUUACUAAAAAGAAAGCGGAUGAUUUGGAUGUCAGAGUACAUGAGUUCAGAGGAACAUCAGAAUUAGAUCCAGUCUCUAGCAGUGAAGGAGAGGUCCUCAAAUCUCGAAGGCAAAACAGUACUUACAUGGGUAAGGCUAAAAAGGAUACACCUCAGCAAGGCUCUCCAAACCAGUGUAAGGACACAUCCUGGAAACCAGAAGCCGAAGAACUGAUGUUGUCAUGGUCUGGACUGGAAACAGAAGCAUCUGAUGCAGAACAUUGUAAAACAAAGGUGAUGCCAAGCAAGGAUUCACCUGUGUCCUCAUCUGGGCAUCAGGAAGAGCAGACUGUGUCUCCAAAAAAGAAUAUCAAGUCUUCCAAGUAUCUGCAGUUGUGGCAUUCUGUUCACAAGAAACAAACUACUAAGCAGAAACUUCCAAAAGAUACAGUGCCUAAGAGACUGGCAGAAAGUCCGAAGAAGCAGCUUAAAAAAUCUGGCAAGAAAAGUGGUAAUAAAAAGCCUCAGUUACAAAGAGAGGAGAGUUCUGACAGUGAACCUGCUGAAGAAGAGCUUGAAAGAGAGCCUGUGAAUUUGAAUGAGGUGUUUACCUCGCCCCUGCAUCAGAAAUUACAGACUUCUGUGAAGUUGGCUAAAUCUGAAAAGCCUAAAAAUGUAUUGCACACAUUGGAGUCACUUAGUGGUGCAAAUAACAAAACUCCUGUAAAAGCACUGCAGCAUCUCUUAGAGAGCGUGAAGCAUUCUGAAAAGAAGCGAUUGUCAGCUGAGUCUCCAGGGAAGAAAGGCCAAAAGAUUCAUCGCAGAACUAGUGAAGGUGUUUGCUCGAACCCUGAGGACACCGAGUCUCAAAUGGAUUCUGACAACUCUUCUGUACAGGACGUGGCAAGAAAAAAACAGAAGUUAUCAGAUGUGAAAAUAAAAAGUAACAAAAGAAAACGUAACGCACAACGUGGACUACAAGAUUCCUUUGCAGUUGAGAAGGCUGUGGAACAUGAAAGUGGGCCUGUUCUAGAACAUUGUGAUAAAUUUGCUUCCAGAAGUCGGUCUAGUGAACAGGAUAAUACAUCUUCAGAUAAUUCUGAAGACUUGAAUCGUCAUCUAAGAGAUCUGUUGUCAAACAACAAAGCAAGGCAUAAAAUAGUGAUGCCUUCCAACACACCUAACGUUCGGCGAACAAAAAGGAUACGACUGAGACCUCUGGAGUAUUGGCGAGGCGAGCGUGUAAAUUAUAUGAUGAGGCCCUCAGGAGGGCUUGUGAUUAGUGGAAUAGUGUGUCCAGAAACAGAACCUCGCAGGAAGAUUAGACAGAGGAGGGGAGGUCCCAAGCAGAAGAGAGAUGAAACAAGACGUGAGAUACCUGCAAAUUUGAAUCACAGCUUAGCUGAUACUUCUAAGCCAACCAUUGUACUGGACCCAGAAACAAAUGAGGAAGUACUUCUGGAAUGUGUUAACACUGAAAGCAGUCACUCAUGCUUCUUCAAAGAUGAAUCAGUAGAAAUAUAUAAAAAUCUGAAUACAUCUGCGUUUGCCACUGGUAGAUUGAUUUUGAAACCAUUUAAAGAAAAGGGACACCAGUUUGUCCAUAUGGAUACAAUAGUUUUCCACGUUAUCUGUGGCAAAAUUAUUGUUACCUUACAUAAGACAUCAUAUUAUCUGACUACAGGGGACUACUUCUAUGUUCCAGCAGGAAAUGGAUAUAACAUACGGAAUCUUCUGAAUGAAGAAAGUGUUCUUCUCUUCACACAACUCAAAAAAGACAG